CGCACCUUCUCUCCCACCUCCACCUCCUCCCCCACACUCAGCAUCCACAUCUCCUCCAAUGGCUGGCGGUCCCGCAGCUUCAGGCGGUGGUGUUGGCGCCAACGCACCAGCAAAGAGCAAGUUCGCUGGUGUUGUCAUUGCAUCCUUUGCCGCUUUCGGUGGUAUCCUCUUCGGCUAUGACACCGGUGUCAUCAGCGGUAUCAAGGAGAUGAACGUCUGGCUGCAGACGUUCGGCGACAUAACCAAGGACGACGGCUCUCCGGGCCUAUCCUCCAAGCGUGAAUCGCUCGUCGUCUCCAUCCUCUCCGCCGGUACCUUCUUCGGUGCACUCCUUGGUGCACCCGUUGCCGACUACAUCGGCCGCAAAUGGGGUACGGUCUUGUCCUGCCUGGUCUUCUGUAUCGGUGUCGCAAUGCAAACCGGCUCUACCUCCAUCGCGCUAUACAUCGUCGGUCGUGUCUUCGCCGGUCUCGGUGUCGGUCUCGUCUCCACCCUCGUCCCCAUGUACCAGUCCGAGUGUGCACCGAAAUGGAUUCGCGGUGCCGUCGUCUCUGGCUACCAGUGGACAAUCACCAUCGGUCUCCUCCUCGCUGCCAUCGUGAACAACGCCACCAAGAACCGCGACGACGCGAGCUCAUGGCGCAUUCCCACCGCCAUUCAGUUUGUCUGGGCUGCCGUCCUCGCUGGUGGCAUGUGCCUGCUCCCUGAAUCCCCUCGCUGGCUCGUCAAGCGCGGCAAGGACGAGGCUGCCUCCGGUGCCAUGGCCCGCCUGCUCGGCUAUGAGAAGGGCGCACCCGAGGUCGAACUCGAGCUCGACGACAUCCGUGUCGCCCUCGAGGAGGAGCGCGCCCUCGGCGAGUCCUCCUACUUCGACUGCUUCCGCAUGGGCUCCAAGAAGAUCCUCCUCCGCACCAUGACUGGCAUCCUCAUCCAGAUGUGGCAGCAGCUCACGGGCAUCAACUUCAUUUUCUACUACGGCACGACCUUCUUCAAGAACUCUGGCAUCUCGAACGCGUUCAUCAUCACCGUCAUCACCAAUGUCGUUAACGUCGUGAUGACCCUCCCGGGCAUCUACCUCAUUGAGAAGGCUGGCCGUCGCUCGUUGCUUAUCUGGGGUGCCGUCGUGAUGACCACCUGCGAGUACCUCGUUGCCAUUAUCGGUGUCACCAUCUCCGUUGACAACUCGUCCGGCCAAAAGGCGCUCAUCGCGCUCGUCUGCAUCUACAUUGCCGCCUUCGCCGCGACAUGGGGCCCCAUCGCGUGGGUCAUCACCGGCGAGAUCUUCCCCCUCCAGAUCCGCGCCAAGGCGAUGUCGCUUUCCGUCGCGUCCAACUGGCUCUGGAACUGGGCCAUCGGCUACGCGACGCCCUACCUCGUCAACAACGAGCCAGGCAGCGCUGGCCUCGAGGCCAAGGUGUUCUUCAUCUGGGGCUCCUGCUGCUUGUGCUGCGUCCUCUUCACGCUCGCCUUCAUUCCGGAGACCAAGGGUCUCUCCCUUGAGCAGGUCGACCUUCUCUACGAGAACACGGUCCCGUACCGCGCCGGCCCCUACCGCCGCCACCUCCUCGAGGACGACGUGCACGCCGCGAACGAGAUCCGCGCGCACGAGAAGAACCACGGCCACGCAGAGCACAAGGAGGACAUCGAGAAGGCGUCCACCUAGGCUCGCGCACGAUACCCGACGCUCUCCUCCCUUCUGACGACCUUCGGCGGUGUCAUCGCUACGUCCUCUUUCAUGCGACGCUGCUGUAUGCGCGCCACGAAACUCACUACUCUUAUUUGCACGUUUAUUCACGAUUGAUAGGUCAUUGUAAUACUUUUGGGACAAUGCUCUUUGUACUUUGGUAGCUGCCGCACUCACAUAACAUACUCAUUGAAGCUUC